AUGAUUAAUAUUAGGAGUGACCAACAAAACAUUACCAGUGCGCGCCAACAAUUACCAAAUAUAACAAUGUUAAACCGGGUAAACCGCGAACUCCGGGCCGCCACCCAAUCACCCACCAGUCCCAUAGCCCUGUACCAGACCAAGCGUAACAGUGUGGUGGUGGUGAACAAGGACACCGGUGUGCCCACCAUAGUCAUACAGAAACACGGUAACGGCGAUUACGAUUUGAACACGAUGCAAACGUUUAAUUCGACGAGCGCACAGACCAAGCGCAAAAUACUGGCCAUGUUGCAAGAGGUGAAUAAUAGGCGCACAAUUAGGGAGUGCCGCGAAUCAGAUGAAGAGUUGGGUAGUGUGUUAGGCAUUCACACCUACUUCAAUCAAAAGACUACACAUUAUAAGCAAAAGUACAAAGUGUAUAAUUUUCUUAAUUAUCCGAAAGGAUUUUGGGCCAUAAGUUACCACAUACUUGUGUUCAUGAUGGUGUUCGCCUGUCUCAUAGUGACCGUGUUCUCCACGAUCGACGAGUUUCAAGCCGGCGCCCUACGUUACCUGUAUCUAUUGGAGAAGGUGAUAAUCGUAUGGUUCAGCUCGGAGUUUAUCAUACGCUGGUGGUCAUCGAGCUGUAAAAAUCAAUACAAGGGCUGGUCCGGCAAAUUCAAGUACCUAUCCGUGCCCUCCCGGCUCAUGGACUGCCUGGUGAUCACCCUAUCUAUAGUAGUGUUGACCAUAAACCCGAGCUCCGGGCACGAGGUGUUCGCCGCCUCAGCCUUCCGGGGCUUUCAUAGGUUUUUUCAAAUUUUGACACUCAAUAAACAGCUACAGCCGUGGAAAGUGCUAUCGUCGGUGAUCUACGACCAGAGGGAACAGUUGUUUAUUAUAUUCUACAUAGAGUUUAUUGUGUUGUGUAUAUUGGCCUACAUUUCCUACAUUGUGGAAAAGGAUGAAAAUGAUCAGUUCGAUAGCAUUGCGGAGGCUAUGUGGUGGGCGUAUUUUAAAAGUUGGUCACACUAUCAACCAUUGNCCAUUGGUUACGGCGAUCGCGUGCCGAUCACAUGGUUGGGCAAACUGAUCUCGUCGCUAUUCACGGUGUUAGGUGUGGCCAUAUUCGCACUACCGGCCGGUAUUAUCGGCACCGGAUUGGCCCUAAAGGUCGAGGAGGAGGAGCGUAACCAACAGCGCAAGAAGAAGAAAGUGGCCGCAGCCGUACUAAUACAGUGCAUGUGGCGAUGCUAUAAGGCUAACGCCAAUUAUGUGGCCGUUUCG